AUGCUCAGAUUUGGUCCAGAAAAUCAGGCAGAUCCAUCCUAUUGUGUCAGUGUACGGGAAGGACGUGCUGGUGAUGGAAGCGACAUCAUUCUCUGGAAGUGCAAUGACUCUCCAGCCUUUCACUGGGAAGUAGACGGGGAGUUCAUCAAGUACAAAGCAAAGCCAAGCUACGUCAUGAGUGUGCGUCAAGACAAUCCCAUGGACGGCGCUGACUUGAUUCUCUGGCGCGGUGCGGGGAUGAACGACAAGUGGACCUUCGACGGUAAGCUGGUGAGAAUGGACUCCGACCGGUCCAAGUGCCUCUCUGUGAGCGGAAAGGCUGGAGAGGGCUCCAAUGUGGUCAGCGCCAGCUGUGGCACUGGAGAACCACCCGUCAGAUGGAUCAGAGAGGGCAAAUUUAUCAAGUGGGAGUCCAACCCCAGGUACUGCCUUUCCAUCCGGCGUGGACACAUCAUGGAUGGCGAGGAUGUGAUCCUCUGGAACUGCAUGGACAGCCCAGAGUUCUACUGGGAGGUGUCAGGCUCCUACAUCCAGCAUGCAGCAAAUCAGGCCUAUUGCCUGUCAGUUCGCGAAACCAGCGGACGGAAGGCUGUUGCCACGGCCAUGAUUUGGUCCUGCCAGGCUACGGAGCCCUUGGGCUUGCCAGUCUCAGCUGAUCAGAGGCAGCAAUCUAUGGCAAGUGAGAACAUCUGGAUUGUGGAAGGGCCUUACAUCAAAUCAUCGCUGGACUCCAAGUACUGUGCCAGCGUCCGAAAGGGAGAGGUGACAAAUGGAGCUGACAUCAUAAUGUGGCACUGCAUGGAUAGCCACGAGUUCAAGUGGACUGUGAAGGAUGGUUUGAUCAAGUCUGCAGCUCAUCCAGAAUAUUGCAUGGGCGUCCGAGAGGGUAAGGCCGGCGACGGUGCAGACAUUAUUCUCUGGAGCUGCGAGAAUGUGGACGCCUUUCGAUGGAAGGUUGAUGGCAGCUCCAUCGUGUACAAACCUGAUCCGCGCUAUUUCAUGACUGUGAGACAAGGCCGUCUUGGAGAUGGCGCCAACGUGAUUCUGUGGUCCGGUUACAUCAAUCCCUACCUCUUCUCCAUCGAAGGAAAUUUGAUUAAGUCCAAAGCCGACAGCAGCAAGUGUGUCUCAGUCCGCGAGGGGAAGGUGGGCGAUGGUUCAGACAUCAUUCUCUGGUCUUGCGCAGAGACGGACGGCUUUCGUUGGGCCGUGUCUCACGAGCACAUCGUGCUUGACCAUGGGUCCAACAAUCACUGCCUUUCGGUCAGGGAAGGCAAUGCUCAGGAUGGUGCAGACAUCAUUCUGUGGACUUGCGGUGAUGGAUAUGCAGAUCGCUGGGUGGUGGAUGGCGACCGACUCAGAUACAAGGGCAACAAGAACUACUGCAUGAGCGUCAGAGAAGGCCGAAUAGGCGACGGCUCGGACAUAAUUCUUUGGGCCUGCGAUGAGCCAUACGAUUUGGACGAUGAGCUCUGA